CGCAACGAAUAGCUGCAUUCCGCGUGCCUACGAACGAAACGAGACAUGGAAGUACGGACAGAGAGACCUCGGACGGCUGGCCGGAUAGCACCGACCGGACGCGUUACUCCGACCAUACAUCAAACAGGUGGAGGAAGAAGAAAAGCGAUACCAGUUCCGCCGCCGAGGGUGCCGACCCCUAUGCCCACCGCCAACAAUAAUCAACAAAAAAACAAUGCAAACGUCGACGCCCCGGCCGCGGUGCCAGCUCAGAGGAAAGAGCCGCACGAAAACAUCGCCCGGAUAGCCAAGCGGUAUCUCGACGAUAACAUGCAGCAGGCGUGGAUCAAUCCUCGUCUAAUAUCGAUGAUAAACAUGGAAGCUGUCACGUCCACCGACUACGACUCGUCGAACCUGAGCAGAAACUUCAAUCAGGUGGGCUUUAAUACCUACAACUAUUCGCAGUUCGAGGAGAAGUACAAGCCACGGCAGGCGUUCAAGUACGGCGACGAGUAUCUGGAGUACGGUCGCAACUCGGUGAGGCUUGGACCGAACGAGAGGUUCGCGAGAUUAUCGUCGAGGCAUCAAGACGGUGCCGGGAAGAUCGAUCAGAGGUACUUGCGGAGUCACUCGCAGCCGGAGAGACAGCACCAUUCGACCCACGAGACACGGUCCAAGUCGCAGGACUCGCGCGAAUUGACCUUCUAUCAGAUCGAUCCACCCGUCAAAGUGGAGAACGCGCAGCAGCACCAUUCCAAGGCUCAUCGCUGCGCGAUGGAGAAGAGCCAGGGCAAAAAGGAGCUGACCUUCUACGAGAUCGAUGGGCCGGCGACGCAAGAAAAGGCGAAAGACGGCAAGUUCGAGGGUUGCAAGGACAGAGGCGACAAACGGGACAAGUCGCACGGUGUCCAGGAUAAAGCGAUCCCUCCGAAGCACGCGAAGCAGGGCCAUCAGGAACAGAAGACGAACGCCCCGCCGAACUAUCAGCUGAAUAGGUCUCAGUCGGAUCUCACCGAGUGUCAGCUGCCGAAUUAUUACAGGCAUCAGAACAAUCCUUACAUCGAUCCGCCCAAGUACCGACAAUUCGACCGACCGCCGAGGUACCAGGAGACGCCACCGAGAUCAGAACCUCCGCCAAAGUACUCGGAAGUGGCCAGACGUCAGGACGACUACAAACGCGUCCAGGAGGAGAGGGGCAAACGUCAAGGAGGAGGAGGUGGAGGAGUAGGAGGAGGGAGCAUAGGCAUCGGUAGCGGUAGCGGCGGUGGCGGUGGCGGUGGCGGCGGCGGCGGCGGCGGCGGUGGUGGUAACUCUAGCAGGGGAACCAGCGGCACUCAUGGCGCCGAGACGCCCUCUAAUCUGGCCAGUAUCACGCCAACCGCGCGAGAAGCAACACGCGGUCCUUCGUCGCGGUCGCGACUCCCGUACAAGUCGUGCGACACGCGUUCCUCGAGUAACAACAACAACAACAACAACAACAUCAACGGGAACUCGAACAAGGAGGAGACGUAUCAGGAUGGCAGCGAGGAAUCCGAAGUGAUAUCGACGUCGAGGUGUCACGCGGACUCGUCGAAAUCGUUCCACCAUCAUCAGAAUCGGUGUUCCGGUAUCGGUGUCGGCGGUGCCGGAAGCGGAGGCGGUGUCGGCGUCGGUGUCGGCGUCGGCGGCAGCGGUGGUAGCGGUAGCGGUAGCGGUUGCGGUACCGUUUCCGGUAAUGUCUGCCACGGUGGUUCCGGUGUGCCGUGCGACUCGACGACGUGCGACAGGUACAAGGGUGCCGUGGACUCUCUGCUGAAGGCCAGCGAGGCGGUGCAAGGUCGUCUGUGCGACAGAUCGAUGUUGAAGAUCGAGAAGUCGUCGACCAAGGCGAUUCUACACGGCAUCGAGGGGCUCGGCAAGUGCGGGGAUAGAAUGAAAUCGGCGCAGGAACUCGGCUACGGGAAGCACGAGACAGGCAAGUCGAAGAGUCACGAUGUCGGUCACGGAUUCAAGGUCGAGAACAUCAAGUACUACGGCGAACUGAAGGGUUACGAUUUCAAGUCGUACGGAACGAUCGACAAGCCGGUGGUGGUCUCUGCCCACGAGAAGUCUCAUUUGCACGGGCCGGAGAAGAACGGUCACGACAAGUGUCACUCGAAAACGUCCUCCUCGUCCGCGAUGCAGAGUUACGGCCUGUCCAAGGUCGCCGGUGAACGUCCCGCGGAGAAGAGCGUGUACGCCGAUCACUAUUAUCACCGAUCGUCGCACUCGAAGCCGCAAAGCGCGUAUCAAGUGUACCAAGAGACCAAGUACUCGUACAACGUGAGCGGAGUACCAGGGACGCCGGCGCAGGCCAGCGCAGCCGCAGCUUUCUUCGCAAGAGCAGCCCAAAAGCUAAACCUCUCGUCGAGCCCGCAUCGCCGACGUCGCUCGGGCGACGAGAACAUCGGCUCCGACGAGCUGCCGAUCUUCCCGAAUGGAUACGCCGCGCUUCUUCUCAAGUCUCCGCCUCCAGCGCCACCGGCUUUGCUGCGAAGGAUAGGCGUGAAGGAGCUCACCGGUGUCGGCAAGGUGAAGGUAAUGCUGAAGGUAUCGUCCGGAGAAGGCGGCAGCUUCUUCAACGCCGACAAGAGGAAGAAACAGGUGACGCUGGUGGACCCAACGACCGGACAAUCUUCGUCGGCGGACGAUCGCAGGCCGACCGUGGCAGCGCCCAAGAUGUUUGCCUUCGACGCGAUAUUUACCGAGGAGGACUCUCAGACGGAAAUCUGCUCGAGUGCCCUGACGGACGUCAUCCACGCGGUCAUCAACGGAACGGACGGUUGCCUGUUCUGCUUCGGACACGCGGGAUUAGGCAAGUCGCACACGAUGCUAGGCACACCUGAGGCCGGUCACACCUUAGGAGCGAUCCCGUGCGCGAUCGCCUGGCUGUUUCGUGGAAUAUCGGAGCAGCGACAGAGGACGGGGGCCAGAUUCAGCGUGAGGGUCAGUUGCGUGGAAUUAACCACCGGCCAACAACAGCUCAGGGAUCUGCUAGCGGCUCAUGCCAACGAUUCCGAGCAAUCGCCGGCUGUGUACUUGAGGGACGACCCACUGUUCGGCAGCCUGCAGCUGCAGCAGCACAGCGAGCUCCGUGCACCGACUGCGGAACGUGCCGCCUUCUAUUUGGACGCGGCGGUCGCGGGCCGACAACGAGAGGACGGAGACGCGCACAUGCUGUACACCCUUCACGUUUAUCAGUACAGCGUCGCCGGCAAGGGUGGAGUUGCCGGCGGCAGAAGCAGACUCCACCUAAUGGACCUGGGUAAUUCGGAUCGCGGCAAGUCUUCUGGCGGGAUCCCCCUAUCCGGACUAGGCAAUAUCCUGCUAGCCAUCUUCAACGGGCAGAAGCAUCUGCCGUACAAGGAGCACAAGCUAACCCAAUUACUGAAGGAGUGUCUCGGCUCGUUGACGUGUCACGCCGCCAUGAUCGCCCACGUGUCCCCCAACGCUCAGCACUACAUGGAGACGCUAACCACCGUGCAACUGGCGUCUCGCAUUCAUCGAAUGAGGCGGAGGAAGAUCAAGUUCGUCGGUGGGGGCACGCAGGGCACGGGCAGCGGCGGAAGUUCCGGCGAGGAGGCGGCUAGGCAGAACAGCGAGUGCGACCCGAGCUCCAGCGACCUGUCCGCCGAUACGGUCAUCUACGUCGGGCCCAGCACCGACGACGCCACCGACGGCGAACACCCGCCAGUUUACAUCCCCAGUCUGAACUCGGGCGACAAUCGUUGCGCCAUGGGAAGAGUGCUGCGAGGAUCCGCCGCGGAGAGACCUUGCAAGAUUCCCGAAGAGCGCAGCCCGAUACACAAGUCGACGAAGGCGGUGAAGACCCUGACGCAGACGGCCUCGAAGCAAACCUCCCCGGCUCACACGGCCACUCCGAAGGCCAGUCCAGCGAGGAAGAGCUCGGCGACCAAGGUUUCCAUGUCGUCCAAGGUGAACGAUUCGCCGGGUAGCAAGAUCCCAGUCGCGGCACCCAGCGGAGGCUCGGACGAGCAGUGGAUAGACGGUCCCAGGAUCUCCAAGUCGAAGGUCGCCGAGGCCAGACACAUGUUGAAAGAUCCUCAUCACAAGAGGGAGACCUGGAUCGACGGACCCAUGCAGCUGACCGGUCCGCCUACCUUGCAGAUGCACGCUCAGCAACAUUCCUCCGGUUACGGGUUCAUGGACAGCCACAAGAAGAGCAUGAUCAGGAAGUGGGUCGAGAAUCAGUCGUCGCAGAUCCAAAAGAGCAGGCACGCCGCGGCUAGGAUCGAGUCGUCCAAGAUGUCCGGUCAGUCGUCGCAGUUCAAGGAGCUGACCACGUUCAAGACGUGCUCCGGGAUGGACGACGACGACACCUCGUUGUCCACGGUGGAGAGCGACAGCUUGAAGGCGAACGAGAUCGAGGACAUCACCGAGAAGCUCGGCGCCAAGCUGAACCUUCUGAACGUCAAGUCUAAUACGGAUUCCGGAUUGGAUCUGACAGCCAGUCCCGUUAUGGAUGACAGCGUGGACAAGGCGAAGCUGGAUCUUCAGGAGGACGAGGACGACGACGAGGAAAUCGUGGUGCCUCCGCCGUUGCCACUCAUCGAGCCACUGAGCAACGGAGUCAGCAGAGAGGUCUCGAUGGAGAGCUUGAACCUGUCGCACAAGGACAUCGUGCUUCCUUCCAGACACUCCUUGUCUUCCGAGGACGAGAUCUUGGAGAUCGUCGAGGUGGAGGAUCUGGAACCCGUGCCCAUGCAGGACUCGUGCCUCCAAGUGACGGAGGAGGACAUCGCGCUGUGCAUGGGAGAGAAUCCUUUGCCGGAGAGCGAUCAGGAGGAGCAUCCUUUGAGAAUUCUCAGCCAGGAGAAUCUCACCGUCGUAUCGACGUUCACCGACUCGAUGUCGGUGAUGUCGGACACGGAACGAUACAGACCUCAAUACCCGCCACCGGUCGGCGCUGGUGUUCUGCCCAGGCCGUACUUCGACCACGAGGACUUCCUGGAGCAAGAGACCAGGCACAAGUUCGACCAAUUGGCUCGGCUCCACGAACUCUACCAAAGUAAACUGGCGCUCGCAAACGUCUCCAACUCGGUCACCUAUCAGAGGGAGAACUCGAACGUGAACGUCAGAAAAGCUCCAUCCGCCCCAGUCUUCCGUCCGCCGUCGCGCUGUCAGUCCUUGUCCCUUUCGGACGUGAUGUUCAACGACGACGCGAGCAAUUACGGCAGCAUCUACAGCGAGCCGGCGUACAUCGCCGGCAAGUCCGAUCAGGAGAAGUUCUGCGACAACUGCCGCCAGAGCAUGACGAAACCGGCCACCGCUUCUUACUGGUACCCCAACAGCGUGGCCCACAUAGCCAGCCCCAGGAGGUACUGCGGCAAGCUGGGCGAGUGCAACAUCUCCAGUCUCAGGCAUCCCGACGGUGCCUCGAAUCCUAAUCUGAAGGAAGAGGUGGAGAGGCUACCGGGCAACGGAGCUUCCGGCUCGGACCCAGAGGAGGAGUACGUCGAGGCGAAGAAACUCUUCACGGCUGCCGAGAGAUCCGAGAGGACUGUGACCGGCAAGUCGGACAUCGAGGAGGAUCUCAAGAUUCAAGCGACAGCGCCAUUGCAAUUGUCGAUUCCAUCACCGGCGCCAUCCUCGGGUCGAAUGCAGCGUAAAAUUACGAGCCUCGGAUCGUCGAUGGUGUUGAACAAGGAAGGCUACGAUUCCGGCGCCGAUUCCACGCCACGGGCAGCGAAACUCUCGCCAGCCACUUUGUCUAGGCAUCGCGCGGAAAGUUCUGGCUACGACAGCAUAGUCAGAGACAGCGAGACCAGCAGCAUCGCCAGCGACUCGUCCAGGCACACCGGAGCUCUUCAAGAGCACCAAGGUACGGUGGAACAGCGGGUGGCAGAGUGCGGGCUCCGGUCACGGGCCCAGUGCCGGGCCCAUCUGCCACGGGCGCCAUCCGCGCUGCCGGGGAUACUCGCGUACACAAGCGAGGACGUGGACAUCCUGGACAGGCGCGCGCGAUUGCGCUCGGAUCCACGUGGCACGAUGUCCAAGAUACACAACCUGCGACUACGGCAGCGCCUUCUUAGGCUCGAGCUGCGAAACGCUAAAAGGCGCCUGAUGGUGCCUGAUGCCCGCUGGAGUUACGAUCUUCACGUGGAGAACAGUAUGGACUGGCGAGAUCCGUCGUUCUUGGAAGCGCUCGAGGUAGAAACGUGCAUCCUGCAGAAGCGAGUGCAAGCCUGCAAGAGUCACGUCGUAUUGAUCACCUGUUUCGACUCCUGCCCACGGCAACAGAGCACGCGGCAAGAGGAAACGUCUACAGGGAUUCGCAUCACCUAA